GCGGCGACGUCUGGAGCUACGGAGAGCGAGGAGCCAGGCGGUGGCUGAGGGUGCCGCUGGCCGGCCGGGCCCGCCCUCUCCGCACAGCUCCCGCCGGGGUUCCCAGAGGAACUGGCAGCCCUGGUGGGGGCUCCAGCACGGACAUGCAUAGCGCUCGGCUUGACAGCUUCCUCAGCCAGCUCCGCUGGGAACUGCUGUGUGGCCGGGACACAGGCUCACCCCCAGUGCCUGGUCCCCUGCAGCCACCCCCCCAAACUGGCCCAAGUGUGCAGCCCAGCCACCAGCUUAGGACCUCAGGUGCCUUGGAAGAGGACUCAGUCUGCUGUGUGGAGGAAGAGAAGGAGGAGGAGGAAGCACUGACAACAGAAGACAGGGGUGCAGCCUUGGGGGAUCCCAGGGAGCAUGCUCUAGACUGGGACUCUGGCUUCUCGGAGGUGUCAGGCAGCACAUGGCGAGAAGAAGAGCUGCCUGUACCCCAGUGCCCAGCACCCCCAGCACGGCCCCCUCAUAGCCAGCGCCUCUCAGUCAGUGGCCUCUCCCUGCUCAGGAGGGCCCCUGUAGCCAGUGCAUCGCAUGCCCAUCGUCCCCGGCCCAAGUCCACCCCAGAUGCCUGCCUGGAGCACUGGCAGGGACUGGAAGCAGAGGACUGGACAGCAGCCUUGCUGAACAGGGGUCGCAGUCGCCAGCCCCUGGUGCUGGGGGACAACUGUUUUGCUGACUUGGUGCAUAACUGGAUGGAGCUACCAGAGACAUCAGGAGAAGAAGGUGAUGGAGGUGGACAGCGUGCCCGUGCUCGGCCCCCUCAGUUCCUGCUUGGCCUCUCUGAGCAGCUUCGGCGCCGGCUGGCCAGGGCUCGGCGGACAGCUAUGGCAGGAAAGCGGCUGUCAUGCCCACCUCGCCCAGAACCCGAGCUGCCUGCAGACAUUUCACGCUUUGCAGCCCUUAUGAGCUGCCGCAGCCGCCAACCCAUCAUCUGCAAUGAUGUCAGCUACCUCUGACCCUGCCCUCCAGCCUGGGACAAUAAAGUCCUUUUUCUAGAC